AACGUCACACAACCAGCAACCAAAACAAACCGAUUAAAUUUAAUAUUUACCUAAAUUUAUAUUGAAGGUUGCUUCAUUUUAAAAUAAAUUUAAUGUGAAUGUGACGACGGCAAAGCGUUUAUUUUCAAUUUUUUUGCAAUUAAAUGCUGAAGGAAAAUUGCGAUUACGAUGCCCCGCAUUCACAAAAAGGAUCCAACGAAGCGAAAGAGCCGCGUAAUCAACGAUGAGCAGCUGAAGAGGGCUAUGGAUGCGGUCGCCGCCGGCAUGACCGUCCGGAUGGCGCAAACCAAGUUCGGUAUAUCGCGGUCGGCGCUGCACCGCUACCUCAAGCAGGCCCGGCUCAACCCGGACGAACCGGUACAGGUGGGCCGAAAGGGUGGCCCCAUUUGGCUGCCGGAGAAUCUCGAGAAGGAGCUGGUCAGCACGGUGAUGCUGUUUUCCACCCAGGACAAUGCCUUGACGAGCCUGGAUUUGCGCUGUUUGGUCAAGUCUUACCUGGACCGGGAGAAUCUGGUGAUUAGCAAGUUUAAGGACAACAUGCCGGGCUACGAUUGGUCCCAGAGCUUCGUGACGAGGCACGGCCUGACGGACUUUAUGGCGGGACGUACCAAGAGGCGGAAAGAGGACAGCUCGCGCAAGGGGGAGGACCCGAUGUUGGCAGACCCUUUGGAGUGUUUCGUUAAGGUUGAGAUGGACGAACUGGAGGACGAUCCAAGUUAGAUAAUUAAAGUUAGGUUUAAACCAAGCAC